AUGUUGGCAGAUUUUUUAGAGAAAAAUGAUAUUAAAACUUUCAAUCAAUCCAUCAAUGCUGAUCAAAUUGAUUUAUUAAAAGGCAAUCUAAAACAAGAAAUUGAUGAUAAAAAAAAACUAAUUCAUGAAUCAUACAUAACCAAAAUUAAAGAUAUAAAUAAAAUUAAUUCACAAACUGCAGAACUUAUUAAGCAAUGUGAAAAAUUAGAACUGAAAAGAAAUGAAUUAACUAAACACGUUGAAGAUUAUUCACAAUUAGAAAGUCAUGCACGUCAUGUGAAUUCGAAUUAUCAUCAAGUCCAUCAAUUAAAUCAAUUUAUUCAUGGUAUUAAAGAAUUAAUUCAAUUACAAAAUCACAUUCAUGAUAGUCGACAAUUAUGUAGAAAAGGUCAUUUAAACGAAGCAAAAAUCUUAUUUGAAACCGUAGAAAAACUAAUUAAUAAUGAAUAUUUAUUUCCUCAUUCUACCGAUAAAUUUUAUCAACAGCAUCAUCCAUUGUUUGAAAUAUUUCAAAGAAAUGUUAGGCAAUUACGUACCGAUAUUUGUCAAACACAUCAUAGCCUAUGGAAUGAUGGUGUUAAUCGAACAGUUAAAAAUCAAUUGAAAUUAAAUUUGAACUAUCUGGAUCAACUUUUUAAAUGUACACUUUAUGAUGAAAAAGGAGAGAAAGUAUUAGUGGAAAAAAAUGCUCAAGCAUUUGCUUCAUAUUUUUUUCAAGGAUUUAUUCAUGUAUUAGUAGAGAAAAAAAUGAAACUAGUUAUCGAUGUAGACACAAAAGUAAUUUCAAUACGAAUGGAAAACGACGAAGAAGAAACAGAGAGAAAUACUAUCGAACAAUUUAAUAAAACAUUAAAUUAUUUAAAUCAACUUUUUGACACAUUGAACACUUAUCUAUUAUCAAGAACAAUGAAAAUUCAAAUGUCGAAUAGCAAAUCCAUUCAACCUGUUUCAUUGAUGACCAUUUUUUCUUCCACUAUUGUCAAUGAUUUUAUCGAACUUAUUCGUGAUCAUCUUUUGAAUGUUAUUCCAAACGAUUUUCAACACAUCGAAAUAUUUCGUUCAUUAUUACAAACUGCAACUGAUUUCGAAAAAUCUUUAAUCAAAAUAAAAUUCUUUUCGUCAAAUAAAAUGCCGAAUAUAUUUUCUUCUGUUGUCGGAAAUAUUGAUGAAUCCAUAAUAAAAAGUCGGUGUCGAAAGUAUCUAUUCCAAAGUCGCCAGUUACUACAAUCACAUGCAACAAUUACGACAUCGUUAAAAACGAUUGAAAUCGGUGAUGAUGAACAAUUAUUUAAACAAAAUGAGCAAGAUAAAGAAAAAUAUAAAAACGAAAAUUCAUCAAAUAUUCUAUUGUCAACUAUUAGUUUAGAUGAAUUAGAUGCAAAUAUGUUUCGAUUUCCUCGUACAAUCAUUGUAGAACAUGUUUAUGAAUAUAUGCAAUCGAUUCGAAGCGUUUUACAAGAAGCUGAUCAAUUAGAAAAUUAUGGUGCACAUUUCUGUGCAACCGCAAGAAAUAUGGUAGAGUUAUUUCAUGUAAUAUACGCGAAUUUACAUGGAAAAAAAGCACAAGAACUCUCUUAUUUAACAGCUUUACAUUUUAAUACAUAUAUGUAUGUUGCACAUGAAUGUCUUAUUCUCGGCGAAGAAUAUUAUCAUUUGAAGAACAAGACAGGUGAUGGUCAACCAAUAACAUUUGUUGAUUAUGUUCCAAUAUUUCGUAACCAAGCAGCAAAUUUACUUAAAGCUCAAUUAGACACUCAAAGAGAUAUACUAACAUCUUUUAUUAAAGAAAUCGGAGCAUUUCGCAAUAUUGUUGUUGACGAUGAAAACCAAGAUAUGUUAAAACGAGCUAUCAGUAAAUGUAUAAUGCACACGGAAACACUGUCUCAUAAUUGGAAAAAUAUUUUUUCACCCCAAGUUUAUUUUAAAGUUAUUGGAUAUCUAUGUGAUCAUGUUAGUCAUCUUCUUCUGAAAGAAACUUUAACACUCGAAGAUAUUCCAGAGCAAGAAUGUCAAAUCAUGGUUGAUGUUUUUACACAAUGGUCAAAAUUUUUAGAAAAUAUACUUGUGAAAGAUGAACUGAGUCCUGGUUUAAAUGUUCUUGCUCGAUUAGCACCAAAUUUAACCAGAUUUAAUGAAUUAUGUCUUGUUCUAAAUAGUUCGUUACAGAAUAUUGUCGAUCGUUGGUUUAAUGGACAAGGACCACUUGCUAGUCAAUUUACAGCUUUAGAAAUCAAACAACUUAUUCGUGCUCUGUUUCAAACAUCCGAUAGACGAGCAGCAGCCCUUUCAAAAAUUCAAUAA